UGAUUUUGCCUGUGCUGCAGCUGAUGUCUUAUACACACACGCGCGCGCACACACACACAAAAUACAGCAAGUGGAUUCAGCUACAGAACAGCACAUUGCUCCUGUCAGUGUGGUAUUCCUUUUUACACCUGAUUCACUCACCGCUGUUCCUCACUUGAAGGCAGAUCCUUUGACCUAAGCAGAUUAGACGCAUGAACGACACAGCAAGCUAUCUGCGCUUUUCAAGGAAGAGAUUUGGCUUCAAAAUAGGGCACUAAGCUUUUCAGCCUUAUGGCUGUUUACCUAGUCAGCACGAUGCAGUGUCUCUGGGUGCUUACUAGCCUCCUGGGGAAUCAGCUGGGAAACAAAAGCAGAAGUGGCAGCCGCUGCAAAUGUGGAAGUCUGUGCCAUUAGAGAAAGCACUUGCUAAUAAUGGCCUGCGAGACCCAGGUUUCCUUGGUUUCCAUGACAGCUAUUAGGUACCAUAGAAAUUGAAUUGCACAUUGCUCUUGGGGGAGUGAAAGGGUGUUCGAAUGACAGAGCACAUUACCUAGAACUUGUCGUGUUCAUCGUUUUUUUUUUUUUCACCCCAAAAACUAACUGGAUUAUGUUUUUUUUUCUUCUGCAAAUUCUCUAUCUUUUGUUUUUAAAAGACCCGGAUCUCUUACAUUUCUAGUAAUAUCUAUAUUUACCUUUUUUUUUAUUAUUAUUAUUUAUUUUUGUGCGUAGAGCUGAGCUGGAAAAAUCAAGGAUAUGAGCUGUUAUACAGGUGGGCUUCAAAGGUGGAGUGAAUACACAAAGCAUCCAAUCAGGUGUUGGCUACCUGCAGCCCCAACAACAUGCCUCUGCAACAGAUUUGUGUAGUCCCUGCUCGGGAGACUGCUAGCAAUGGGAGAAGUUCAAUGGGAAAAACAAAGGAGAAGAACAAAGAAGUUGAGAAUGACAAAUCCCUUGGGCGCUCAGCAAGUCGAUCAAGCAACAUUUCAAAGGCCAGCAGUCAAACUACAGCCACAGCGCCUAGGAGCUACUCACAAACAUCUGUGUGCCCAUCAACUCAGGAUAUAUGUCGAAUCUGCCAUUGUGAGGGAGAUGAAGAAAACCCACUAAUUACCCCAUGUCGCUGUACUGGAACAUUGAGGUUUGUUCAUCAAGCCUGUCUACAUCAGUGGAUUAAGAGCUCAGAUACCCGUUGUUGUGAACUCUGCAAGUAUGACUUUGUAAUGGAAACUAAAAUAAAACCUUUAAGAAAGUGGGAAAAGCUACAGAUGACAAAAAGUGAGCGGCGGAAAAUAGUCUGUUCUGUAUCAUUUCACAUAAUUGCCAUUACAUGUGUAGUAUGGUCACUAUACGUGCUUAUAGACCGAACAGCAGAAGAGAUCAGGCAAGGCAAUGACAACGGUGUCCUGGAAUGGCCAUUUUGGACAAAACUGGUGGUUGUGGCUAUUGGAUUUACAGGAGGUUUGGUAUUUAUGUAUGUGCAGUGUAAAGUUUAUAUCCAGCUGUGGAGAAGACUAAAGGCUUACAAUCGUGUAAUAUUUGUCCAGAACUGCCCCGACACUGCCAGGAAAGCUGCAACAAAGAGCUACACUAGUAAUCAGAACAAUGAACCUAAGGACUCUGUGUGUGUCCCAGUUUCACAGACAUCUACGAAUCUACAGUCAUGUUCAGAUGUAAGUGUACCUGGAGUGAUGCCUGUUUGAUGAGCCUAGCACUUUUCUUUACCUGUACUUCUCCAACAGAUUUGCUGUAAGUGUUUUUGAGGCACAGCCACUGAGUUGUGGAAAAGUAGUAAUCUGUUCCCUCAAGGAAUACAGUCAUGAUAAAGAAGAGAACAUAAGAGUAUUGCCUUGCUAAAAUUGUCAUUGAUUUUAUAGCAAAAGCACUGAAGGAGAACAUAGAGGAGACCGUAGUAAAGAAGGAUAAUAAAAAAACCUGCAUUUUUGUAUUUCCACAAGGAGGAACGUGAGCUGAUUUUAUUAGUUGUGGGGGGGAGUCCCCUUUUUCAGUCUUGUUAUUUGUUACUAUGUGAAUGAGUUGAAUAUUUUCUAUUUAACAAAAUGAUGUCAAGAAGACACGAAAGGAAAACAAGAGGGCAUACUCUGUGAAGGUCCACUGGUUGUUUAUUUAUUAAUGCAUACAAUUAAAAGUCCUAUUAAAACUGACAGUUAAUAAAUUCAGAAUUUUUACCAGUGAUAACAUAAAUUAACAAUUCAGAUUUUCAAAUAAUAAUGAGCCAAGAUUGAAGAGAGCAGGAUUUAAAAAAAAAUGCAUAUAAGUCAAUGGGUAAAUGUAGUUUGUCAAGCCAGCAAUAGGAGAAUGUAAGAACGUAAAACUGUUAUGGAAGUUGCUGCAGAUAACCUCUGUUGUGUGCUAAAAAGGUGGAAAACUGAAUGGUAAAGAAUUCAUGUUAGCACUUCUAAAAAGCAUUUUAAGGAAAAUUCACAAUUCUAGAAAGGGGAUGUUAUGUAAGGUCUAGGAGUGUUAUUGUAAUCAUAAAAUUUAGUAAAGCAGGGAAUGUACACCUUUUUACACACAGUAUUGCAUUGUAUAUUUUAUUGUAUUUGAAAUAAAACCAAAGCAGGUUGUCCAAGCACUGAA